AGUAGAAUCCUAUAAAUACAACAACGGGGUUUCGUUUCGUUAUGUUGCGUUUUUGUGUUAUGAAAUAAUGUUGUUACCUUCCUCUCUCUAACCUGCAAUUUAACAACUCCUUCGUUUCUUCUUUCUUUUUUUUCUAAAACCUCAAAACCAAAAACACAACACAAGUUUCGUAACGUGUCUCUCCCUUCUUCCUCUCCUCUCUCCGGUUCCCUAAUUCUGCCCUCACUGCACCCAAUUCCAAUUCCCCUCACCCCCAAUUCGGGGAAUUAGGGUUUCGCCCCAUUCAUUCAUCGAUGCACCACCACCAUCGUCGCUAGGGUUUGCUUCGAUGGCGGAAUUGGAGGAGGAGCGGAUGGGAGGGGAUUUCAAGCCCUUCUCGGAGGGCUCUUCGUGCUCGCGUUCGAUCAGCGAAACCGUGAACGGCUCGCACCAAUUCACAAUAAAGGGUUACUCUUUGGCCAAAGGGAUGGGCGCGGGAAAGUACAUCAUGAGCGACACUUUCACCGUUGGUGGUUACGAUUGGGCUAUUUACUUCUACCCUGAUGGGAAGAACCCUGAGGACAAUUCCAUGUACGUUUCGGUCUUUAUUGCGCUCGCUAGCGACGGAACCGAUGUUAGGGCUCUCUUCAAGUUGACGCUGGUGGACCAGAGUGAGAAGGGGAAUGAUAAAGUUCAUAGCCAUUUCGAUCGCCCUCUAGAGAGUGGACCUUAUACCUUGAAGUAUAAAGGCAGCAUGUGGGGUUACAAACGCUUCUUCAGAAGAUCACUACUGGAAAAUUCACUGUAUCUAAAAAAUGAUUGCCUUGUCAUGCAUUGCACUGUUGGGGUCGUUAAAACUCGUUUUGAGGGAUCUAAACAGGGUGUUAUCGUGCCACAGUCAGACAUGGGCCGAGAUUUUAAGGACUUGUUGGAAUCUGAGGUUGGUUGUGACAUAGUUUUCAAGGUCAAAAGUGAAAGCUUCAAAGCUCAUAAGUUGAUACUUGCAGCCCGAUCUCCUGUGUUUAGAGCGCAGUUUUUUGGGCUUGUUGGGGAUCCUACCUUAGAGGAAGUAGUGGUAGAGGAUAUUGAGCCCUUUAUCUUCAAGGCAAUGCUUCUCUUCAUCUACUCUGACAAACUUCCUGGCAUAUAUGAGGUUAUGGACUCGAUGCCCCUGUGCUCAUACACUGUCAUGGUGCAGCAUCUCUUGGCUGCUGCUGAUCUCUAUAAUCUUGAUCGGCUCAAACUGCUUUGUGAAUCAAAAUUAUGUGAAGAAAUCAAUACUGACAAUGUGGCCACAACACUUGCGCUGGCAGAGCAACACCACUGUCCACAGCUUAAGGCAAUCUGUUUAAAAUUUAUUGCAAAUCCUGCAAACUUGGGAGUGAUAUAUUAUUACACCUUGUGCAGCUGUAAUGCAGUCAGAAGCUUUUGUGCAUUUGAAAGAGAGCUGCCCCUCAAUGCUGUUGGAAUUGCUGGAGACAUUUGCAUCAGUGGAUGAUAACUCAGGCCAGACAUUAAGCAGAAAGAGAAGUGGCAGUAGCAUAUAUGGUCAAGAUUUAGCAGAUGGGGCAGCUGCUGAAUCAGUUAAUCCGAAUGGCAGGCGAGUAAGGAGGCGGACAUAAGCAUAGUUUACAAUCUGAAUAUGCAACCGUUGAAAGUGUGAUAUAGAUAACCCACUAGUCCUGUUAAUAUAAGUGAUUCACCAUUUUCAUUUCCACCUGAUCCCUGAGAUUUUAUGUCAAGUUUUCUGGCCUUCGCACCUUUUCUCAAGGGGCUACUUUGGACAGCAUUUUCAAUGGUAGUUUGACAUUAGAACAGUUCUAAUGUAGGGUAUAUCGUGUUUGAUGACGUUAAUAAAAAAGUAAAUAGCCUGAUAUAUUUGUUUUUUAUAAUGUCGUCUUGGAAGAAAACACUUUCUUAAGUGAACAAAAUAGAUGAAUGAUAGAACUUGGUUUAUCCUCGAAUGCCAGGAUUUGCAA